ACUUGUGAUUCACAAUGUCCAUCGCCAUGUAAAUGCAGAGACUCCUUAACUUGUUGAGUCAACUUCCAUGGAUUCUUUUUUCUUCGCAAUUUCCAAUGUCACUUCUUGCUUAUAUAAAAACAAACUCCCCCAAAUUCUUCUCCAUCCUAAAAAAUCUCCAUUCGUUCUUCUCCAAAUCAAUGGAAGAAUCCAAUCCAUCCGCCGGAGUAAGUGAUACUCCGCCGCCGUUCGAUCCUUUAGUACCGGCUGUUCCAAUUUCGUAUCCCCUGAAAACACUUGAGGAAUUGGAAUCGCGGGCUUACUUCAAAUCGUUCCAUUACCCUUUCAACAAGUCUACUGUGAAGCUGAAGGGGGAUUUGCCUAAGAGGCAACGGAUUUUGGUGUGCCAUGACAUGGCGGGAGGGUAUACUGAUGAUAAAUUUGUGCAAGGUGGGGUGAAUGCUGAUGCUUACGCGAUUUGGCAUUGGUAUUUAAUUGAUAUUUUUGUUUAUUUUUCGCAUAAUUUGGUGACUUUGCCGCCUCCUUGCUGGACCAAUACUGCUCACAAACAUGGUAUAAAGGUAUUGGGAACUUUCAUCAUGGAAUGGGAUGAAGGCAAAAAACUUGCUGAAAAACUGCUAUUGACAAAGGAGUCUGCUCACAUGUACGCUGAGCGGUUGACAGAGCUUGCUGUCGCUUUGGACUUUGAUGGAUGGCUGAUCAAUAUGGAAGUCACUUUGGAUCCUAAGCAAAUCCCUAACCUGAAAGAAUUUGUAAGCCAUUUAAGCCAGACCAUGCACUCAUCAGUACCUGGAUCUACAGUUAUAUGGUAUGACAGUGUUACCAUUGAUGGUGAUCUUAGCUGGCAAGACCAAUUAAAUGACAAAAACAAGCCCUUCUUUGACAUAUGCGAUGGCAUUUUUGUGAACUAUUCAUGGAAGAAAGAUUAUCCAAAGUCAUCAGCUGAUGUUGCCGGUGACAGAAAAUUUGACGUCUACAUGGGCAUUGAUGUUUUUGGAAGGGGUACUUAUGGUGGUGGACAAUGGACUACAAAUGUUGCCCUUGACGUGAUAAAGAAAGAUGAAGUCUCAGCGGCCAUAUUUGCUCCUGGAUGGUUAUAUGAGACUAAGCAACCACCUGAUUUUCAAACAGCUCAAAAUCGCUGGUGGGGACUUGUGGAGAAAUCGUGGGGGAUUGUACAAAACUAUCCCAGGAUACUUCCCUUCUACUCAAAUUUUGAUCAGGGUCAUGGUUACCAUAUUUAUAUUGAAGGGAAGCUAGUCUCGGACACUCCUUGGAACAAUAUUUCUUCCCAAAGCUUUCAGCCUUUUAUUGAAUAUCCUGAAGACCCUACCGCUCAGCCUAUCCAAGUGGUUGUCGAUUUUAAAGAUGCAUCUUAUAGCGGAGGAGGAAUCAUCAAAUUUAUAGGAACUCUUGGGGCUGAUACUUUCACUGCACGCCUCUUUCAAGGAGAGAUCCUUUUGGGGAAUUCACCGGUUUACGUAACUUAUUCUGUUAAAUCAAGUGGGAACUCUCUGCUCGGUUUUGCUCUCGAGUUCUUUUCUGCCAAGAAUGAGAAAAAGUCAGUAUUUCUUGCAUCCUCGGGAAAUACCCUUCUCACCAUGAACCGGUUCUCUAAACAUUUUUCUAGUGUGAUAAUGCCACGUCGAGUCACCAAGCUGGAGACAGAGGCCGGGUGGGUUAUACAAGAAAGCAGUAUUGAAAUGGAUGGAUACACAUUAAGAGAAAUUCGGGCCAUAUGCUACCAAUCGAGGCUAGAAAAAUCUGAAGUCGUCAUGAAAGAUAAGACACCAUCUCGUAAUCCAUCAGAAUAUUAUGCAGUACUAGGUCAUAUCAAGGUCUACACAUCUGCAGCGAAUACGGAUUUUCCACCAUCUACAUCAUGGAUUGUUGAUGGUCAAUACGUUCAAUUCGCUUCAGGUCCUCAAGGGACGAAAAACCUUAGUAUUAAGAUUAUUUGGCAAUUGAAAGAAGGUAAUACUGAUCCUUUCUCCAACUACAAUAUAUAUGUUGAGAAGCUAAAAAGUGUGUCUGGAAAUCCGAAUGAAAUUCUUGAAGGGGCCGAUCAGGAGUAUCUUGGAGUGGCAGAAGUGGAAUCCUUCUACAUUUCUGAUCUAGUAGUUCCUUCUGGUACUUCUAGUCUGAAAUUCAUAAUCCAAGUAUGCAGUGCUGAUGGAGCCUCCCAAAAGUUGGAAGAUUCUCCAUUUUUCACAUUGAAAGUUCCAGCUUAAUAAAUUUCAAUUUUUUUUUUAAUGGGUAAUAACUAUGUUGCUUGGCUUUGUCGAUUUAUAAGCGAUGUGGAAAUAAAUGUACUCAUCUAUAUAUUAUUAGAACUCAAUAAAUUGAAUAUCCUUAAUUACGCCAACACAAAAUAUUUGAGAUGA